CUGAAGAGGAAUGUGAAGUCAUUCCGCGGAAGAAAAAAAAAACUCAAUAUCACCACCAUUGUAGUGGCAUCAGGAUAAAGUCACUGAAGUUGCGUUAUCUUUCUCACAUAUCGUCAUCAGAAAAAGAAAGGUGGGGGAGUACGCAGAUUACCUAACGCAAAGAUUUACAAGUCUUCUGCAGUGCGGGUUUGGACAGCGCCGGACUGGAACUACAUACAAUGGACAUUGCCCAUACACGGGAGGUGCUGGAUCAGCUGGCAGCUGGCUACAUUUCAGACACGCUGAGCUCUUUUCACGCAGUGCAGGAGUUCUGCGACAGACACCCAAAAUGGCUCCUGCAGAGGGAGACGGAGCUGCAGAUGAUGCGAGACGUCAAGGGCAGAGCGGAGAACAUCAGCCUCACGACCGCCCACUUCCGGAACGCAGAGCGCAAGGCGAAGGCCUUCGGGGAGUUCAUGUGGAGCAAGGUGACCCAGGUGACCGCGGAGAGACGGGCCCGGGAGCUAGAGAAGGAGCUGGGACGCCUGCUCCAGGACACCCUGGAGGGGCUUGGGAAGCUGGCCCCGUUCCUGGAGGACGUGGAGACGCUGGCGGUCACGUCGACCUCCGUCUUCGAGGAGGGGAGUCCGCUGUGCCGGCUCCCCGCGGGGGCGGGCGUCGCCGCCGUUCGCUCGCUCGUCGCCGCGGCCAAGAGGGCGUGUCCGCUCCUCAUCCAUUUCCAGAGGGACAGCGGAGACUUCUUCCUGCCGAACCUGGUCAACGUGGACGCCCUGAUCUUCCAGCUGGAGAAAUACCUGGACGUUUCCCGGGAGCUGUGCGAGAAGCUACAGGACAGGUUUUUAAUGAAGUGGAUUGAUCUUCCUUUUGCUAGAAAGCAGACAGUUAAUCUGACAGACAACCCCUUGGAUUUCACAGAGGAAGCCAUGCAAAAUAUGAUUGACCAUCUCAAUCUCCUGUCCAAUAUCAGAUUAGACCGCCACUUCAGGAGGACCUACCUGUUCAGGGGAACCGCCCUGCGGUUCAUCGGCCUGUUCAGCCAGCGCUGCUCCAGGAUGCAGCAGUUCCUGGACGCUCUGGAGGAAGCAGCAGUGCAGCUGGACAGGAUGAAGAUGGGGGCCAGCAUCUCCAGCGUGGCGGGGAGCAGCGUGGGCCUGGCUGGGGGCGUCGUGUCCAUCGUGGGCCUGGCCCUGGCCCCCGUCACCGCGGGGGUAUCGCUGACCCUCACGCUGGUCGGCGUGGGCCUGGGGGUCACCAGCGGGGUGAACGGCUUAGCCACGGGCAUCGCGGAGAUGUCCGUCAACUCCCUCCACGGGAAGAAGGUCAACGAGAUCCUGCAGCGCUACAAGGAGGACGUGGAGACCGUCCUGGACUGUCUGGAGCAGGCGGCCAGCGCUACCGAGCCUGACCUGGGCCCGAAUGUGGUGGAGACUGUGGUGGGCGCCGGCAAAAUGGGCUUUAAGGUAUUCGGCGUCGGGAGGAAAAUCGACGCCAUCGUGGACGGGGCCUCCGCCUUGGCGGUCAUUAAAAACGAGGGGGUCGCCACUAGCGUGACCAGGGGUGUGGUUCGGGACGCCAAAACCGCCCGCAACGUCCCGGGUGCGGCAGCCGACGUCUCCGAUUUCGGGAAGUUGGCGAAGGGCACCCCCCUCGCCCUGAGCAAGUCCGCCAGGGUGGGGUUCAUCACCCUCAACUCCAUCUUCAUGGGCCUGGACGUCUUCUUCAUCUGCAAGGACAGCCUCAGCCUGGCCAAGGGGAGCGAGAGCAGCGUGUCGAAGGUCAUCCGCGGCAGGGCCAGCCUGUGGAAGGCCGAGCUGGACGCGUGGGAGGGGAUCCAUCGCUCUCUGUGCGUGGGGGUAUGGAGGUUCAGGAGGAGCAUGGAGGUCCUACGGAGGCCAUUUUACUCCCCCGCCGAAGAAAAUAGGAUGACUGUGCAAGAUUCCCAACUAUAGCCUUGUGAAACCUGGGACAUCGUUUACAAUUUGAUCAUGCGAAUCAUUGUAUGUCAUAAAUAGUGGCUUGAGCAGAAAUCUAUUUUUUAUUAAAAAAAUAAAAACACACUUCAACCAACCCUUUCAGUCCAAAGUCUAAUAUGAAGUGGCUUCACCCAAUCUCCAAGGGGUUUUGGCUUUGCUUGAGAAAAUUGAGAAGUUUUAAUAGGGGCUCAAAACAAGAUUAUAGUGGUCAUUUUGAUUGGUUCAAAAGGUAUGAGGUCAAUAGUGCCAUAUGGCACUAUUGGGACUGAAAGGGUUAAUGCAGAUACGAUCAUAUCUCUAUGCAAAGUUUAUAAUCUAUGCAAGUUAACUGCUGGUUAUGUACUGCAUAUUACUUUAGGAAUAACAUUUAAUUGGUAAUCAAUUUUGGGUAUGAACAGUGCAAUGCAUUUUAAAACGCCAUGUUAUUUAGAGGAAAAUUACAAUUGUUGGCUGCAUUCACAAGAAGAGCAUAUGGUAAAGUACAUUCACAUGUUGAAAUUAAAGUCCAUUUGAGAUUUAAAUAUCAGAUAUGCAAGACGCAGAUAUGCCACUUUAAACCCACGU